GGAAGUGGAGCUACUGAAGCCUUAGCAGAGGGGAAGAAGUCAGAUUGUGCCUCUACAGCAGCGCCUGUGCCAGCUGCGGCAUUUGCAGGGACACACAGCCCAGCCCGUGUCUGCGUCAGGAGGGAGCAGCUUUCCCAGAGAUGGGGCCGGUGCUGCUGUGCGCGCUGCUGCUGCUGGGGCUGAGCCGGGCCGCCCCCCCGGGCCACGAGGUGACCUUCCUGCCGGGGCUGGCCAAGCAACCCUCCUUCCGCCACUUCUCGGGCUACCUCUGCGCCGGGCCGGGCAAGCACCUGCACUACUGGUUUGUGGAGGCCCAGAGCAACCCCCAGAGCAGCCCCCUGGUGCUGUGGCUGAACGGGGGCCCCGGCUGCAGCUCCAUGGAAGGAUUCCUGAAGGAGCACGGCCCCUUCCUGAUCCAGCCCGACGGGGUCACGCUGAAGUAUAACGACUACGCCUGGAACAAGAUUGCCAAUGUGCUCUACGUGGAGUCCCCCGCUGGUGUCGGCUUCUCGUACUCUGAUGACAAGAAGUACGCCACAAAUGACACCGAGGUCGCUCACAACAACUACCUGGCGCUGAAGGAUUUCCUCCGGCUCUUCCCCGAGUACUCCAAGAACGAUCUCUUCCUCACAGGGGAGAGCUAUGGGGGGGUCUAUAUCCCCACGCUGGCGGAGUGGGUGAUGCAGGACCCCAGUCUCAACCUGAAGGGAAUCGCUGUGGGAAAUGGCCUCUCCUCCUACGAGAUCAAUGACAACUCCCUGGUUUACUUUGCCUAUUACCACGGCCUGCUGGGGACUGAGCUGUGGAAGGAUUUGCAGGCCUUCUGCUGCUCCCAAGGGAAGUGCAACUUCCAUGACAACUCCAACCUGAACUGCACGCUCAAGAUGGAGGAGACUAUUCAGAUCAUAGAGGAGUCCGGCCUCAACAUCUACAACCUCUACGCCCCGUGUGAUGGCGGUGUUCCUGGGAGCAUGAGGUAUGAGGGUGACUCUCUCAUCACACAUGACCUGGGCAACUCCUUCAUCCGGAUGCCGAUGAAGUUCUCCUGGCGGCAGAACCUGUUCCGGAUGCCGGUAGCCCGGAAUAAGGUCCGGAUGGACCCUCCUUGCACGAACUCCACAGCCCCCAGGACAUAUCUAAACUGCCCGGAGGUGAGGAAGGCUCUCCACAUCUCCCCUGACGCCCCGGAGUGGCAGGUGUGCAGCUUUGAGGUGAACCGCAGCUACAAGCGCCUGUACAUGCAGAUGAACGACCAGUACCUGAAGCUGCUUGGAGCCACGAAAUACCGGAUCCUGGUGUACAAUGGGGAUGUCGACAUGGCCUGCAACUUCCUUGGGGAUGAGUGGUUUGUGGAUUCGCUGUGCCAGAAGGUGCAGGUAGCUCGCCGGCCCUGGCUCUACACUGAAGGAGGCGUGAACCAGAUCGGGGGCUUCGUGAAGGAAUUCACCAACAUCGCCUUCCUCACCGUCAAGGGAGCCGGCCACAUGGUGCCCACGGACCGGCCGCUUGCUGCCUUCACCAUGUUCAGCCGCUUCAUUAAGAACGAGCCUUACUAGGAGCUGUGGGGAGGUAGUGCCUGGCGCCCCGGCUGCCCUCACCACCCGGCACCUCCCGCACAGCCUGUCCUUGCUGCCGCUCAGCUGCGCCUGGGCUCCCUGUGCCACAAAACGAGUCACUUCUGCGGCCGGUGGGGCUGCCCCCUCCAGCCCAGGGGCUCUGCCUGGCUGGACAGGGUGGAGGAUGGGGCUGCCUGUAGUGGACGGGGGGGUGAGGAGAGUCACAGGGGCUCUGUCCUUGCUGGGUGAGGAGUCGUAACCCUUGUGCAGCUGCCUCCUGGCUUGUGGCUUCCUGUCUCACCUCCUCCCUGUCUGGGCAGACAGCUACUUCCCUCCUGGGAAGGGAGCAGUCCCCGCCACUUCCCCUCUGCCCCUGCACGCACACAGCCCUGGGCAGGCUCCGAAGCGGCUGCCCCCUGGUAAGAAAGCACAGUUCAUGUGGUGGCUGCGGGCAGCUGGGCACUGCUCCUGCAGGGACUUUCUGCUCUUCUCCAAACUGCUCCCACAUCUGGUCCUGGUGAAGGAGGCUUGCCAUGAAGACAGUCCCACCACCUGCUCACUGCCUGGGGCACACAGCGCUCCUGGGAACUUGCAAUAAACUCUCUGAACAAGGUG